GUAAAAACAAAUUGCCACCCAUUUAAAGAGUCGGUGUAUGUUUCUCAAAACAGUCGCUUUAGCCUAAUAAAUAAGAGCUCUUUCGAGCUCUCGACUCCUCGAGAACUACGAUUCUUGUUAGACCCAUUUACCCUUUUUCUUUUAUUUUUCAGAUUUUCAAUUCUCAAUUUUCCCAACAAAUUUCACCCACUCACCCUCUUUAUAAACCCUAAUCUCUCCUUAUAUUUUUUGUAAUUUCAAUUCAAUGGAAACCCAAUUAUUUAUUUUCUUAUUACUCUUCUUCACCAUCUACCUUAUCGCUUACUUUCGUGUUUUCCGUAACUGGGCCCCGAAGAUCCGACCCGAAGCAUCCAGUUGCCUCAUCUCUUUCUUCCACGGUACUCCCGCUGUUUUUUUAGCCUUAAUCGCUAUACUUGGUGACAAAUCCCGCGGGUUCUCUUCUCCAAAUACUAAAACCCAGAAUCUAGUUCUCGAGUUUAGCAUUGCCUACUUCAUUGCCGAUCUUGUUCACUACCUUGUCUUCUUCCCUCACGAUGUUCUCUUCAUUGGCCACCACUUGGCCACUCUCUUUGUCUUUGUAACCUGCAGGUACUUGGUCGCUCACGGCGCGUUUGCUAUUCUCAGUUUGUUGAUUCUGGCGGAGGUGACGAGCGCGUGCCAGAACACGUGGACUUUGGCGAGCGCCAGGCGGCAUGACGUGGAGUUGGCGGGUAAAGUUUACCGUACAUUGUCGCCGCCGUUUUACGCGUUUUAUAGCGUGGUUAGAGGGGUUUUCGGGCCGUUAUUUGUUUAUGAAAUGUGUGUGUCGUUUAUGAGUGGGGCGGCUGAUAAUGUAAUUCCUAAAUGGAUUUGGAUUUCUUGGAUGGUUGUGAUUGUUUCAGCUAUUUCUGUUAGUAUUUUGUGGAUUAUGGGUCUGUGGGUUCAGUUGUAUAGAGAAAGGAUAGGUUUGGAUAAGAAAAUUUUAUAGAUAUAUUCAACUUUUAUUUAUUACAUUUAUAUAUAAAGGAAAUUAUCGUUAUUUA